AGAGUAAAAAAAAGAGUGAAAUUUGGAGUUUGGGUAAAUAAAAAGGGUAGACUUGGUCCCCAUUUCCAUGGCGGGCCAUAUCUACGGCUUCGGAGCCGCACAAUCUGCUGCUGCCACUUCUGGUUCCUACACCGAGCCCUACUUCCCCGACUCUCUCGCUUCCGAUCCUCAACUAGCCGCUACUAUGUAUCUUGGCCAGGCCGAUGCCCUAAACGCUUACGCCGCCGCCUCUCGAACCAACUCGCAUUUAGUUUCCCUCGCUUCCUGGACUGCCGCUGCCGGAGCAGCCUCCACAGAGGACCCCGUCACCGGUAUCAAACGUACCUCUGAAGCGCUGUAUCAUCCUACUGUUUUGGGUGCCCAUAAUACAAUGGGGCAAGAAGCCUGGUAUUCUGCAAAUGCUUUGGCCAAGCGCUUUAGAUAUGACGGUGCAGGCAAUUUGCCUAUAUAUCCACAAAGGCCAGGAGAGAAGGAUUGUGUCCACUAUAUGCAAACAAGAACCUGUAAAUUUGGAGAUAGCUGCAAAUUUGACCAUCCUAUUUGGGUUCCUGAAGGUGGAAUCCCAGAUUGGAAAGAGGUUCCACUUAUUGGUAGUGAAGACCUUCCUGAGAGACCAGGGGUGUCAGAUUGCCCAUACUAUGUGAAGACUCAAAGAUGCAAAUUUGGUUUGAGAUGCAAAUUUAAUCAUCCAAAGGAAACUUUGGCUGCAGCUGCUGUAGGGAAUGGUGAUCCCUCUGCCUUACCUGAGAGGCCUACUGAACCCCCUUGUGCUUUCUACUUGAAGACUGGAACUUGCAAGUUUGGUUCAACCUGCAGAUUCAAUCACCCAAAAGAUAUUCUUUUACCAUCAACUGGACAAGAAAAUGGAUCUAGCCAAUAUGAAGCAGCUAAGAUGGAGGGAGCACCUGGAGAUUCAAAGUCUGUGAAAUCUUCUGAUCCAUUCACCCCGGCACUAUAUUAUAACACUAAAGAACUUCCUGUUAGACCGGGUGAACCAGAUUGUCCAUUCUAUCUGAAAACUGGCAGCUGCAAAUAUGGUAUCACAUGCCGCUAUAGUCAUCCCGACAGGAAUGCCAUUUAUCCCCCUGCAGCUGCACUUGGACAUGCCCUUGUUGCUUCUCCAGCAGCUGGUCUGAACAUCGGAGUUGUCAAUCCAGUUGCUUCUUUGUACCAAACAAUUGACCCUAGAUUGGCUCAGAUGGGCGUGGGUCCCACUGUCUACCCCCAACGCCCUGGGCAAAUGGAGUGUGAUCAUUACAUGAAGACCGGAGAAUGUAAGUUUGGUGAGCGAUGCAAGUUCCAUCACCCAAUCGACCGGUCAGCACCUACACUUGCAACUAUUCAGGCUCAACAAAUGAGUGUCAAACUUACUCUAGCCGGACUACCUAGGAGGGAGGGUUCCAUAAUCUGCCCGUACUAUCUGAAAACCGGAGCAUGCAAGUACGGCCCGACCUGCAAGUUUGAUCACCCACCUCCCGGUGAGGUUAUGGGACUUGGAGGAACACAAGGAACAUCAACAUCUGGAGGAGAGGAAGGAAAAGGGGAUGAAGAAAAUGGAGGUGAAUCUGUCCAGUAACAACUUCAAUGGCCUCUCCUAUAGAAUAAAUUUUAUUGAGUUAUUUUCUUGGGAUCAUGUCAUUUUUCUGCUUGUUUGCUAAUAUUUUUACUUGCUAUUGUAACUUCAUCUGUAUUGGAAAGUUUAGAAUGAUCUGAUCUGAUCUGAUUCUGUACAAGUCAUAAUGGUUGGUUUGAUUAAAGAAUCUUAGUUUGUUGUAAGGUAAAAUUUCUUUGCAUGGAACUCAAAAUAGGUCUGACCCAGUUACUAAAACUUUCGGCAUACAUUUGAUUUGUUGUAAAAUAACCAAAUAUUCUAUCUUUCGAAAGUUUAAAUUUCCUA